AUAAUAUAUAAACUACUAUAUGUAUAUUUCAUAUUAAGUAUUAUUAAUUUGGUACAUUGCAACUGAAGAAACCUAUAAGUUUUAACAACCACAGAAGGAAAUUGAUUUUCUAUAAAAAUGCGGUUGUUUUUUCAAAGAUUCGCUCAAUUUUCGCCUAAUUUAAAAGAAAUUAGAAUUCACCUGUGCCCAAAAGGAAAGGCCUCAGAAGGAGUAAGGGAAUAUGUGGCGAAAUCUUAUGGAGAUAUCAAGUCUAAAAACCCCAGUGUUCCAGUUUUAAUUAGGGAAUGUGGAGGAAUUCAGCCUAUUGUUUGGGCCAGAUAUGAAAAAGGAAAGGAAACAUCACUGUCUCUUACCAAUUUGUCUGCGAGUGAAAUAGCGCAGCAUAUAAAUAAACUUUGAUUCUUAAAACAUGAGAAUCAUUAAAAAAAAAACUCCAGUUAGCAAAAAAAUAAAUUGAUCAAGUUAUUAAUAAUUCAAUAACAAUUUAGUUUCUUUAAUCCA